AUGUCGGAUGAGCUCCGCGACGAGGUCGAGGCCAUCAACUCCAUCUACGGCGACGGCAGCCUCGUGCCCCCCGCCGCCGCCAACGACGGCGUCUACAUCCUGCAGCUCCCCGGCGACGCCGCCUCGUCGCUGCAGCUGCAGUUCCCGGCCCGCUACCCGGAGGCCGGCGGCCCGCCGUCGGUGCUCGGCGUGCAGCACAGCUCCCACGGGAUCCGGGGCGCCGGCGCGCGCGACCUGCGGCUGUUCCGGGCCGCGCUGGCCGAGGUCCACCAGCCCGGCGCCGUGUGUCUGUUUGACGCGGUCGAGGAGUUUUCGCGGCGCCUGGACGAGGAGCUCGAAGCGUCCGCCGCCGCCGCCGAGGACAGCGACGACGACAAAGAUGACAGAGAGGGUAUGAAUGCGUCGACGCGGCAGCAAGACGAGUUCGCCGCCGUCGACCUCGCGAGCCUGCCGCCGCCGCCGUGGACUCUGUCGGAGCAAGUCGUCGACGCCAAGUCGGCGUUUGUCGCGCACGUGGCGCGCGUCGACUCGCCGGCGCAGGCGCGGCUGUACGUCGCGCAGCUGCUCGCGAGCGACAAGCGCAUCCGGAGCGCGACGCACAACAUCACCGCGUGGCGCAUCCGCGGCGAGGGCGCCGCGAGCUACCAGGACUGCGACGACGACGGGGAGGACGCGGCGGGCGGGCGCCUGCUGCACCUGAUGCAGCUGAUGGAGCUGUGGGACGCCAUGGUCGUGGUGACGAGGUGGUAUGGCGGGGUGAAGCUGGGCCCGCGGAGGUUCGCGGUGAUUAAUGCCGUGGCGAGGGACGGGUUUGUGAGGGCGGGAAUGGUGCCGGAGAGCAGCAAGGGCAAGAAGAAGUGA